AUGCCACGUCCUAGACGCCUCGAUGUCGCAAAAAUCCGGCAAACCGGUAUUGUCGAGACCCUGAGCAGAGAAAUCCGGUCCUGUUUUACGACCCGAGCCGACGGAGAAGGCAGUAACCAGUGGUCGUCACUGAAAACGUCAGUCUAUGGGGCAGCUGAGAAAAUCCUUGGAUAUACCCAACGACGCCGCAGUGACUGGUUCAGCGGAAGAACCCUGCAGUUGUCUGCCCAGACGACUCGAGCCAGCUCCCGUAAUGAUGAUUCCUUCCGCAAACUUCGAAAGCCGACGGCAAAGUACGCCAGGGCUAACCGGAGGCAAUAUUGGGCUGAAAUAGCGACCUCCAUGGAACCGGCCUCGAACGUUGGUGAUACUCAAAAACUCUACCAACUCAUCCGCCAAGUCAGUAGUCAACCCUCUACACUGAGUGACUCUGCUCGCGACGUGAAUGGCGGCUUUAUUGCUGACAACUCGGCCAAAGCCGAACGCUGGCGUGAGCACUUCGAGCACCAUCUCAACUUCGAUACCUAA